GGGGUUCCAGGAAAAGGAUCAGAGCAGAAAGCGAGGGGAACCAUUGCUGGGGCGGCCACAGCCAGUCUUGUCUCUCUUGAGGUCCAAGCUCCCAGGAUCUCCGGAGCCAGCCAGAGGUGCCUCCAUGGCCGGCUCUGAAGAGCUGGGGCUCCGAGAGGACACACUGAGGGUUCUGGCAGCUUUCCUUAGGCGCGGUGAAUCUGCUGGGUGCCCUGUCCCAACUCCACCCAGGAGCCCUGCCCAAGAGGAGCCAACAGAUUUCCUGAGUCGUCUCCGAAGAUGCCUCCCUUGUCCCCUGGGUAGAGGAGCCCCUCCCCCGGAGUCCUCUCGGCCCUGCUUCCUUCCCCUACGCCCCUGCUAUGACUCGGGACCAGGUCCAGCUACUUCAGACUUCUAUGCCAUGGUUGCCCAACGUCUGGAACAAUUGGUCCAAGAGCAACUGAGAUCUCCGCCCAGCCCAGAGUUCCAGGGACCCCCACCCACAGAAAAGGAAGCCCUGCUAAGGAGGCUGGUAGCCUUGCUGGAGGAGGAAGCAGAAGUCAUCAACCAAAAGCUAGCUUCUGACCCAGCUCUGCACCGGAAACUUGCUCGCCUGUCAGCGGGCUCCUUCGCCCGCCUUGUGGAACUCUUCUCCAGUCGUGAAGUCAGCUCCUCCCCAAGCUGUGCAAGCCCCUCGUUGCCAUGCCCGGCGCCCCCACCGCCAUCCCCGGAGCCAUUGGCCCGCCUGGCUCUGGCUAUGGAGCUGAGCCGGCGCGUGGCCGGGCUGGGGGGCACCCUGGCCAGCCUCAGUGUGGAACACGUACACAGCUUUGCGCCCUGGAUCCAGGCCCAUGGGGGCUGGGCAGGCAUCCUGGCUGUGUCGCCUGUGGACCUGAACUUACCCUUGGACUGAGUGCUUCCCCCGAGGCUGCUGCAGGAGUGCCCACAGGUCCUGCUCACACACGUGUUUCCUCUCAGGGCUCAGGUGGUGGCUGCCAUGCCACCUUUCUUUCUUUCU